AUGGCUGCCAAACCAACAGCUCCUAGUCAUGUGGAGGAUCCAGAGAAUGCACGUGUCUUCAUCAAAACGUUUAGCAUGUGUAAAUAAGAAAAACCGAAUAUGAACUCUUGACUGAUCCAGCGUUUAAAAGCAGGACGUUUCGGCCCUCGGCCUUCUUCAGGUGGAACAUAAAAGUUAAAAAUUAACAUUAAAAAGCUGCAUUAAAACUCUUGAUCGGUCAAGAGUUUGUGAACUACACUAGCUAAAUUUAUAAGAUAGAUUUAUUAAUAAUCUUUCUCAUUGUCGGAUAGGCUAUAAAGACAUUGUACAUUAUUCAUAUUUUUUAAAAAAUUAUUCAAUCUCUCCAACCCAGUCAGACCCGUUGUGGACAUCUCUUCAAGUCCAGAAAACAGCACAUUACCCAUUGGUGGCUCCAUUACCCUGAAUUGUACAGCGCAGCCCAGAGCGAUAGAUAUUGGAUAUAAGGAUAGAUGGGUCAAGUAUAUCGAGUGGUACGAUCUACAGGGUAAUGAAGUGGGAUCUAAAUGCCAGCAGCCUUCAAACAAACGUAAAUUAAGCUGCCCAUUAGUACUUAAAAAUCUGACAGUUGACAAAUUUGGCCGUUACACUUGCCAAGCGGGCAAUGGUUACUCAAGCCACUGCACAAGGAAAUCAUUUGAAAUCCAAGGUAAGCAACUUUCACACUUCCUAGGUUCUUUAAUUCGAAGGUAGGCGCCGUGUUUUGGAUUUGGAGGCAAUGAUGGAAUAUAGAUGGAUUUGUGUUUGAACAAGAAGCCACAAAUGUAAUAAAAAGUGUAUAAGAAACUCCUUGAAUGUAUGGACAGGCAAGUCCAAUAUAUAAUUUCUCUCCGUUGGAAAAUUCCGCAUAGCUCUUCAAAGUUCUUUCUGAUGGUUUUGCUACAAAAAUAAAGAAUAAAUUUGAAUAAGGACCAAUAAUUAUUGGCCCGAUGAAUUCUUAUUAGGUACUUGAUAUGAGGAGCUGAUUAUAUUCCUGAAGUGAUCAGUGAUCUUAAUUAAUGGAUCUCUUGAGUCCCGACAUUUUCUCUACGUUGUGAAUGAAAGGAAAGUUUUGCAUUGUGAGCAAGUGCAUUCGAAAGUUCCAGGUUGGUCACUGGUUUGAAAUGAACUUUUGUCUAAAGAGUUGCCUAUGUUUUUGUCGGGACUCAAGAGAUCGAUCCAUAAAGAUCACUGAUCACUUCACGUACAUCUCUGCUAGUAUCACCAAUUGAAUAACUCGCUCUUGCUGCAAAAAGUUAUACAUUGGUGAAACAGGAAGACUACUAGGUGACCGAUUCCGAGGACACCUUCACGACGUUGAAAGAAGUGAAAAGGACGCAUCUAAACCAGUCGCUAGACACUUAUAUCUCGCUAGCCAUUCUGAGGAGCAUAUGGCUGUUUGCGGCCUUUCCCUACAUUUAAGCAGUUCGGAAAACCGUAAAACUCGAGAACAUGGUAUCAACGUGCGAUUUUCGUUCAACUAAUUUCUUCUUUCUUUCUCGUCACCAUAUUCCCACCAAUAACGUAGCUCCAUUUUCUGCAUAUAAGCACACACAACCCACAAUUCCUCCGAUCUCUCUGACGAAGGGCUAACGCUCGAAACGUCAGCUUUUAAACUCUUUACGGUGGCCAAUUUACGUUAUCAACUCAGUUGAUAAUACUUUAUUACCCUGUCAUACUCUCUCACCGACGCAGCACCACAGUUUCCUUAGAAACUUACCCCCUCUAUUCAUAUGCCUGACAUACUUCCCUCUGAGCACGAGAAUAUGGUCAUAAAAAUUGUGGCAUGCGUAAGUCUCAAAGGAAGUUAUCUUCUUGUCUGGCGCAAAAAUUUAAUAAUUCUAACAUCACCUAACGUCAGCCUCUUACUAUAAUUGGAUUAACUCCAAACCGGAUGAUCUCGAUAAUAACAAGUAUAUUCAUUGCAAAGUAUUUUUCCCUACAGUCCAUGCGCCAGAGUUAAUAGGAGUUCCUCGGAACCAAAGUGCUGAUAUAGGGGCCAAUGUAACUUUCAACUGCACUGCCACAGGUCUUACUACGCCAAGCAUCUCAUGGAUCAAAAACAAUGAUUCAUUUGCCUUACAAUCCAACCCAAGGGUGACAUUCAUUAACGAUCCACUGGACGACAAAAGUACGCAAAGCCACUUGUUUAUUACAAGAGUAAAGGAAGAAGAUUUUGGCAAAUAUCAGUGUGAGGCAAAAAACAGCGGUGAUAAGAAUUUGUCUUUGCCGGCUUUUUUAACCCCGAAAGUUUCAGGUUAGACAUUCAUAUGCAUUAGUGUUUGUUUCCCUUAUCAUUUCAAAGUUGAAACUCCACGAAGUCUUCUACUUGCAUGCCAACUCAGUCACCCAAUUGAAAUUUUCCCAACACCAAGUAGGCGACAUAAGCUCGGUUUUUGGAUGACUGCUUCUUGGUGUACAUUUCCGUAGAUUGUAAAAAAAUUCUCCAUGUCAUUAGAGUAUGAUAUAUCUUAAUACAAAAUUUUAAAUUUAUCAUUUCAGUUUCACCCGGUCCCUGUAGCUCCUCGUCUUCCUAUCAUCAAGACUCCCCUUAAAGUUUAAUUCUCUUCAAACCAGGUCUUUCGAAUGGCAAAAAAGCCUUGGGCCCCGACAUCCCAAAGAAAGAUCACAAAUGAGACAAAUCCAAGAGAAAAAAUAGGAUCUCAACGACGGUUCCUGCAAUCAAUUGACUCUUGAAUCAAAUCUCGAUGGCCUAAAUUGUAAAUUCCUUUUUCAUCCUCCACAAUUCUUUCCUAUUCUUCUUCUUCAUCGUAUUUCUCCUUUUUUCUCCCUUUUUUCAAUUUAUACAUCUGACUUAUUACACUUAUUAAGAUCAUCAUCAUCACUAUUAUUAUUAUCGUUGUCGUCGUCAUCAUUAUAAUUGUUGUUUGUAUCAUUAUUACAAAUGAUUUUCUUCCUCUGCUUGAGAUUUAAGACUGCAGACUCAAAAUAAAUUGUUAUUUUUUCAUUUAUUAUUCGUAGCUACAACUCAUACUUCCGUAUUCGUCAAGGAAGGAGCGCCAGAAAAUUCAGCAUCUCAGAUAAUUAUAGUCGCUGUAUCAUGCACUUUGGUAGCUGCAGUUAUUUGUGUGGUCACUGGGUUUGUGUGGAAUCGGCGUAAAAAUUGUGAUAAGGAGGUAAAUGAUACGUUACGUGACAUCCGCACACAGAGUAAUGAUCUCCUCUGACCGUCAUGGAAGGGAAAAGAAUUCGUAAAAAUAAGAACAAUGACAACUUCUCUAGACUCUGCAUCUCGCCUUACAAUAACAAAGAUCGACACGCCAAAAACUUGCCCCGUCUGAAAACUGGUCAAUCCCAGCAUUCCUUCCGACGCCAGGAUAAGCAAACUUGCGUAUGAUAAAUUUCGUCAGCUCUGCUUCACUUAGCAAAAGUCUGCCCCUAUGAUGUGCCAAGGCUAAAGAAAACGCCCAUUUCUUUCCUUACUUCAUCGCUUCCAAGUUCUCCUGCCCUCCACUUCGUGAAUAUCUCAUACAGAAGCAUGCAGUGGCUUGCGCGACUCAUUUUCACUGGGUUUAUGGAGCAGUUCAAUCUGAAAAAGAGCUAUAUUCCCUAAUUACAUAUCUUAAUUUUACCAAUUUUGAAUGUCAUCGUAAUAAAAAAUGUUGCAGCGAUUUCGGCCAGCUUUGUUUCCUUCCGUAUUAAACAAACGCUAUUUAAUACGCGUAAGACUAGUAAAUCAAAGUUCGAGAUAUUUCAUUUUUAUGAAGAAUUUUGAAAGGAUCUCAAACAAAUGAUUUUGAUGAUAAAGGCUAAACACGCUUUUUUUUAGAUAUAACAAUUAACUUUUCUCUUCGAUUAAAUGACAGGCACGAAAACGUACAACAAAAGUAUGCUUGGAAAAGGCCAAACAUUUGAUAAACACGAUGUAUGACCUUGAAAACAAUUGUUCUCCCAAUACCCAAGCCAUUGAGGACCCCGAGGAAAGGCUCCUGUUACUGGGGUACGGAUUAGGGGACAGAAGUCCUCCAGACGGAAGUGAGCAGGGUGAUUCUACACAGGAUGUAACAGAAAAUGGUCGAGAGAGAUUAGAAUCGGGUGGGAAGAUUGCUGGUGGUGACAUUUUCACUGCUGAUAAAGGUGUUGACCUGAGUGUUGACGAACAGCGCGAUUGGAGAGAAAUAUCUCAAGAGACCGAAGAAAGAUGCGUAAACUUGGAAAAUCUUGAAGUCUGCGAUGAAAUACUCGGAGAGGGCGAAUUUGGGAUCGUCUACAAAGGGCGCUACGGUGGAAAAGACGGAAACAUGAUAGAUGUAGCUGUUAAGAAGCUAAAAGGUGGGUACACGAGAUCGAAAUGUCCACUUGUUAAUUCCUAAGAACAGUGGUAUGCUUUUGAACUAAUAUUUCUUUGGAAGCUAUGCGCCAUCUUACUAUUUUCAUCAUUUUUCUUUUGAUGGGAAACACUCAUAAAGUCUGCUAUUGUCUCCUUUGAACGCUUUCUACAGCCUUAAUCAAGCCGCUUUUCCCAUACAUUAUUUUGUUACCACAGCCAGAUACGGCGAGCGAACUUCGUAAACUGAAGAAAGUUAAGAAGUCCUUUUGUUUUCUUCUCUAUGUCAUUUUGAGACCCUAGUGCCAUUGCCAAAGAAACCCUGCUUAAUGAAAUAAGGACCUUAAAGAAAACUGGGAAACAUCCUAAUAUUGUCACUUUGAUUGGCACACGGAUAGAGAGAGGUAAGUCAGUUUUCGACGAUGCAACGUAUUAGAAAUAGACGUGUUUACUUGGUGAUUCACGGUCCAACAAGGUAACAUUUCGGCCGCAUGGGUGUGUAGAACAGUACACGAACUGAUCUCAUGAUUAUAGGCAACAAGUCCACUUCAUAUGCACUAUGUCAAAAAUUUGUUCUUCUUGAUCGGAAACAAUUCGAAUUUUUCUAGUGUUUUCUUGGGGGAUCCCUCUUCCUCCCGCCAACUUAACUAAAGAGGAAAUAAUGUCCCAUCACUUUUUCUUGUCAAAUCUUGUGUGUUUGCUCUAUCCUUUCUAGGAAAAAUUCUUCUAGUCACUGAAUUGAUUCGUGGUGAAAGCCUGGAAAAUCUCUUGAAGGCUGAGAGGGCUCCUGCGGAAAGGAACAAUUAUCAAAACGUCCGGUGUAAGCUGAAUGACCGGCAGUUGGUUACAAUUGCACUUCAGAUCGCCGCAGGAAUGCAGCACUUAGAAGAAAGAAAGGUGACACCUGUUGACUGUGAAGUUAAAUUUGCUAACCUGUCGUUAGAGAAGGCUGCUCUAAAUAUAGUACAGGCAGUUCGAAGCAUGAAAAAUAUUUUUUGUGUCUUUUUUUAUAAAAUUUUAGAGCGAAAGUAACUUUCUGAGAAAAUCCAGGCGGGAAACUAUACGAAUUUAACAUCUUUGGCCAUUUCCUACAGCCAAGUAAGGAAUGACUGCCCAGCACAUUUGGAAUUGAAGUUUGAAGUCUUGCAAAAAGUGUCAGGAUUUUAUGAACUUUGCCCAUAAAUUUUUACCACAGCGUAAGCACAGGUUGUAAGGUGAGGGUACAAAUCACUCACCCCAUUAUUCGUGAGCGUCUUUAAAGAAACAAAUGUGUAACUUGUCUUCUCUAACAGUUUGUUCAUCGCGAUCUAGCAGCCAGGAAUGUUUUAGUUGAUGCCAACCUGGUGGCUAAAGUUGGAGACUUUGGAUUAGCCAGGGACAUAUCCGCUGCUGGUAUAUACACAGUGACCUCCAGCAAGGGGGUAAGUUUCUCAAGAAACUGUGGCGCUGCGUCGGUGGGGAGAGUCAAGAUAAUUUGGUUUUAUCAACUGAGUUGAUAGUGUAAAUUGACUACUGUAAAGAGUGCAAAAGCUGACGCUUCGAGUGUUAGCCUUCCGUCAGGCCAAUCUCUCUGACGAAGGGCAAACGCUCGAAACGUCAGCUUUUAAACUCUUUACGGUGGUCCAAUUUCAUUUUCAACUCAUUUGAUCAACCAAAUUAAACAAAUAAACGAUCUUAAAAGCAUUUGAAUUGAUACCCUUCCAUAUUAAAGUCGGAGACGAUAAAUUUAUUCCUUCUAACGUUAUAAUUCAAAUGAAACUCCAAACGAGCUGUGUUUUAUGUGACGCGUUUACUUAAUUAACCCUGGUCUCGUGUCUGUACUGAUAAUAAUAUCAAUAACAAUAGUAAGGAUAGAAAUAAUAAAAUCCACGAUAACCAUCACCCUGGAUUUUACUGGAAUCAAUAAUUGUUAAAAACUGAUAUAUAUCUCAAAGUUCAACGUUCAGUGGAAAAUACGUCGCUUAUACUUAUUGAAUGCAUCGUUCAGUUUCGUGAAUCCAACCUCUUCCCAGUUUCAAGCGACAUUGCCUGAACUACAGACAGGAGCUUGCUCACGUGAAUCAAUCUUUUCAACAGGGCAAGGUUGCGUGGAGAUGGUCGUCAUUAGAAUCUCUGCGAGAUCUGCAUUUUACAUCCAUGAGUGAUGUGUAAGUUUCAAUUUGUAGUUAAUACUGUCAGAGAUCUGUCUCUUGACUUUGAGUCGCAAGUAUUGACUGGCGAAAGAAAAAGAAAAAAAACACGUGUGCCCUACGCUCUGCUAUUUUCCUUGGAGCGUUAUUAUCAUGGUUACAUCUGGGCUUCAUUUUUCGUUGUUUACUCGUUUUUAUGUAUAUGCAUGGUGUAUCUAUGUCUAUUUGCAUUUGUGGACACACCAUGAGAACUUAACAUAACUAAAGUAAUUCCUUCCUUCAAAUCGAGCAUCAUAUGCUCAUAUUAGUUGAUUGAAAUAAUUAUUUAUACCAGAAGCGAGGUUCACAUGAUAGGAGAGACUCAGUGAAGUCUUAAGCGAUGUAUAUUUCCAUUAAACAAUCAAAAAAUACAACGAGGCUCGAUCCUUGAUCAAUUCAGUGCUAGUUGUUCCUUAUUCAUUGACGUUAUACAGGCCUUGGUGCAUAUUUGCAGGUGGUCAUUUGGUAUCGUUCUAUGGGAAAUCGCCACUCAUGGUAAGUGCAGCGUGAUACUAUGUACGACUUAGAACGACAUCCUGAGAACUAUAAAUCAUGCUUUCGUCAGGAGUUAGGCUCCUAUCCGUUACAGCAGCCUACAGUUAGCGAGUAAGCUAACUUUCAUGGUGAUGAUCCAUAUAGACAAACGCAUCUUCAUUUAAAGAAAUAUUGUUGCUUGAAAGACGAAAUUGAAAAAAAUCGGGGGACCACUUUAUGGUGUCUUGGUAUGGGCUGUGUGCAUGCUAAACCUUCUUUUUUCAUUCAUACGAGCUUCGUCUUGUUUGUCACAGCGCUUAAUUUUUGUUUAUCUCACUGAGCCUCAUGAAGUCCUUGCGAGUCUCCAUUUUUACGUAAAUUUACCACUGAAAUACUCUUUGCCUUAAAGUCAUUUCUUUAAACCUAGAUUUUCUAAGGUCAUAUCUUCUGCUUUUCAAACAGGUGAGUUGCCAUACCCAUACCCUGACAUCACAUCUCCAAUUGCCCUAGUAAGUCGACUGGCUAUGGGAUACAGGAUGCCUCGUCCCGAUCAAUGCUAUGGAGAAUUGUGAGCUUCAAAGUCUUGUUUAAAGCCAACAGAAAAUAAAUUGAGCUAUUGAUUAUAUUGUAGAAUGGUUCAAAUGAAAGAACGUCUACUUCCCUUAUUUCUAGAAAUAAUUUCAAUGCGUUCUGCCUUCGAUCCAAGUUUUGGAAGAUCAAGCCUCUGACAUCCUUUUUUUCUUGUCAAAAAUCGAAACAAUGCAUCGAAUCAUGUCAUUCGUUCUGAUUUAAAAAGUUUUUGCGUGUCAAGUCAAAUCUCACAUGUCACAAGUCAGUCAUCUCCCCAGUAAGCUCUAUCAUCUAUUCGUGCAAGGUCACCACUUUGCGCCCCUUUUUACACUUGGUAUGGUCAUUUUAGAUACUGAAAGCAUUAGCUGCAAGACAAUGUUAACUAGAACUGUAUUGAAUUUUUAGAUAUGAGCUAAUGAGCUCUUGUUGGAAAGAAAAUCCAUUGAUGAGACCAGCCUUUUCAGAGAUCGCUCAACAGCUGCAAAAUAUUUUGCGAGAAGUGAAGGUAAUCAACCUGAAACAAGCUACCCAAAUUGUAUUUCCUGCAGUUCUCUUAUUGUGUCUGAGUUAUCUAGUUUUCUGUCCGAAUUAGAAAGAAAACAUUUUCCAUUCGAACGAAGUUGGCGAGGGAGAGUGGAUGUAAUGGCUGUAUCCAUCUUUUUCCCUCCUUUCGUCCUUUUCCAGUCCAUAGAUCCUUCUGUCACCCAAUCAGUCCUUCGGGUAAACCUCUUAUUUUUAACUGCAGCCAUCCAUCCAUUUGUACACAUAGUCAUCCAUCCGUUUGCUUGUUCGUUCAUCCACCUGGGCGCACAUUCGUUUCUUCUUUUGCUUGUUCCAAAGUUCAUUCUUUACUUUGGCAUUAAUUCAUACACACCAUUAUUUCUAUCCUCAUUCAUCAUUUUUUAGUGUUAAUAAUCAAUAGAUGACAUCUUUAUUCCUAUUAUUUAUUUCAGAGAACAUAUACAAAUAUCAACGAUGGAGAAGCCUGAUGACGCUCUUAUGCCGAAGCAAAAAACUCACUCGAUUUGAUUAUCAUUAUAAAAACAACCACGAUAUCUCAAAUAAGUGCAUAAAUGUACUGAGGCCUGAUGAUUAUGCUUAUGAAAUCUGUGUGACCCAGAUGCUGUCGCUGACUAGGCUCCAAAAUUUCGAAUUCAAGUAUUUGUCUCCCUGUUAGUGAAGGUUUUGCAAUUAGGUAAGGAAAAUUGCAGCAAAGAAUAGACGGUGCUACCUGUACUACUUUCGACGCCAAAUCGGUUAAAAACGAAAAAAAAACAAACAAACGUAAAUACACUAGCUUGGCGCGGAUUAGAUUUGCUCUGAAAAUCUAAGCACGUAUCUGAUCUAACUUGCAAGCAGCUCGACCUCACUAGCGCCACGGCACAAGCGUUUCUUGGCUUGCAGGAAAAUUGACCAGUUCAGCAAAGUGAGCCACGCAUUACUUAUGCAACAGCACUAUCAAUGAAGGCCUCAGGCUUUCAGGCGAUUAUCUGUCUAGACUAAUCUAUUUGUAGCCUUUAAGAACAACGCCAUAUGGUAAUGGCCUACUAAAAUCCCUUUUUGACAGCCGGUUCUACCAUUUGUUCGUAAACAUGGAGCUAAUUGCAACUGGAUUUUGUAGCCGGAAAGCUCUUCGAAAGUUUACCAGUCGAUUAUCAAUGAAUAUCUGGACAAAUAUUCUGAAAAAGCAUGACAUUUCCUAAGUCUGAUAGAAACACAUGAUGAUGGUUAAAUUAAAUAUUAUGAACAAAUUAGAACUGUAUGUCAUAUGAGUAACUCGAAACUACUCCACUUAAUGUUCAGGUCAAUGAAUUAUUUGUUCUCAAUUUGUAUAGGAAGCACUUCUUUUGAAAUGUUCUAUAGUUGUAAGGCACUUCUGAGAAAUUUCAUUGGACUAACGUUAAUUAAGUCUCAUUUGUAUAUCAUCGCAAAUUUGCCUUUUAACUAAGGUGUGUGGUUACGGUCCCCAACACUUAGAGACGCUUAUAUUAGAGAGCAAAUAGCCUGUUAUAACCUGAGACAUGUAGAGUCAAGUUUUAAUACCUUCUAUGGCUUCGAAUAAUGAUUUUAGCUCUGUAAACGAUGCCUGACAGCUAUCGAAACUCUAAACUGUAGGAAAGAAGUUAAGUUCAACAGAUGUAUAACUUAAGCUAAGUUCAACAGAUUUAUAACGUAAAGAUUCAGUUAUUAGGCAAUUUUCGGAUAAGAAAGGUAUAUCAAAUUAAGAAUUACGGCUACAGCAUGCGAGGUAGGUGUAUUUUUUGGCCAGCAAGCGUUCAGUUUCCUUUUAAGUAAAGUUCAAGUUGAUCGCUAACGUGGAUUUCAAAACCAGAUGGAGUUUGUAUAAAAAGACAAUUCAUUUUACUUUACAGGGAAGAGGUGAGAGGAUCUAAUGGAAAGACAUUCGGAAAGAGGAGUCUAGGGGAAGGGAUAGAGUCUUGAGUCACUUUCUAACAUCAUUUUCGGGCUCGUGUAACUUUGUUGUCUUUGAAAAAUUUAGUGGUACUUACAAGCAACAAAGUGCACGAGAAAUCAUGUUGUUCGCUAUACUAACAUUGCAGUAUGUUUGAUUGUAGAUCAGCCGCAUCUUUUCCUUUCCUGUAUUCACUGUUUUUAAAUAAAGAAUAUGUGUUUACGCAGACUUUACUGCGCGAAGAUGAAACUAUUCACAUCUUGGAGAAGGUCUUUACUAAGACUCCAAAGAACCAGUUAUUCUUCUCGAACAAAAUUCUUCAAUAAAGUCCCUAAAGUCAAGUCAAAACCAAAAACGAAGUUGAUUACAAGAUCUCGAAAAAAAAAAAUGAUUCCAGGACUAAGCAUUAAAAGUGCAAGAAAAUGUUCGUGUCUCGUGCUACAAGACGAAAUUAUGGUUUGGCCUAGAUAAUUAUUUAAAACUGAUUAAAAGAAGAAAAACGAAACGGUUAAAAUAAUAUCAUACGAACUCUUAAACAGAGGAAAAGUUAAUCCUUUAAAUCACUCUUCUUUUGGAAACCCGUAUCUUUUCCAUGUAAUCGCGAAUGUAACAAGUAACAAUUACUUUGUGAGAGUAGAAAUAUAGACUUUACCUGGUACCAACGUAAUCUUGAAUUAGGUCCAGUAUUUCCAGUAUUUCCAGUCCUUUAGACGCACUAUUGCGGUAACCUUCUUCCCCCUAAGACAUUGCAAAAUUGAAAAUAGACUAAACAAUGGAAUACUGAAUCUUAGAGAACAAACAAAUGAUGACUCUGGUAAUGUUCUCUUAAAAAAAAAAAUUAUAGCAAUAAAAAAACUAAAAAUAUGCUGAUUAUGGUAGCAUUGCUCCUUUGUAACAAAAUGCAAAAAUUAUGCUCGUUUUCCAAAUUACGCCAAAAAAUUACGCUUGCCUAAUGUAUAAGGGCCUAUGACCUUUAAAAUUGUUCUCACUUAUAUCUGUGCAUAUUUAUACGCGGCGCCUAUGUCUCAGGGACCAGAGACCGUGCGAGGGCAAAAAACAAAAUAAAAAAGGCUUGGCUGCACUCUGUUCUGUGUCUAGAGCACUCAAGAAGUACAGAGAAGCAAUCAACUGCGUCUCAUAUUUUCCCUAUAUUUCGUUCGUUCUCUAGCUGCUCCCUAACAGGAUUCUUAAACUGUUAAUUAAAGGAGGUAAUUUAGUGUUAACAACUGAGUUGAAAACGUAAAUUAGCCACCGUAAAGGGUAAUCGCUCUGACGAAGGGCUAACGCUCGAAACGUCAACUUUUUUACCCUUAACGGUGGCUAAUUAAUGUUUUCAACUCAGUUGUUAACACUAAAUUACCUGCUAUACUCUCCCACCGACGCAGCGGCCACAGUUUCUCUAGAAACUUACCCCUUUGUUAAUUAAAGGCAUGCUUAUCGCAAAGAUAUAUUUUCAGCAUUUUUUUAGCACUUGAGUCUAUAUGCUCUUUGACUCUUAUCUUCAGAAUCUAGCUAUACGUAUACGGUCACCGCUGAAGAUGUAUGGUAAAGAAUGACCAAUGAUGGUAUGCACAUUUGUUCUUGUACUGCUUGCUCCACCGUCCUUUGUUCCAGUUUUCCACCGUCCUUUGUUCUACACCUUCGUUUUACACUCCAACAUUGUGCGCUUGCGUAUUACACGUGUCCGCCAUCAUGGACAUCUCAUCUUGGUUUGAAGAUGUGAGACGAAUGAAUAAAAGACAGGUUGUACACCGGUUUAAAUACGAUUUCAGUAUAAGAUUAUUGUAGAGGAAUGUUUUAUGUUCUAACAGACCGAUUUUCAAUCCCCAGCUCUUUUAUCAAGGUCUGAAUUUUGCCAUGAUAGUGUCAUCUGCUCUCAUGAUCUGGAAAGGAUUGAUGGUAGUUACGGGCAGCGAGAGUCCUAUAGUUGUAGUUUUGAGGUAAAUAAUUGAAAAAAAUAACUCGUGAGAGACAUUUUCUAUUUCACCUCAAUAUUGUAUUUUAGAAUUUUGAAGCAUUUGAUGAUACUGAAGUUUUUGUUUAAUUUUCAGUGGAAGCAUGGAGCCUGCUUUUCAGCGCGGCGACCUUUUGUUUCUAACCAAUAAAGAAGAUCCGAUUCGUGUCGGAGAAAUCGUUGUAUUUAAAGUUGAAGGGCGCGAAAUACCUAUCGUUCACCGAGUUUUAAAGAUACACGAAAAGUGAGUGUGUAGCUUUACCUCUUCUCUUAAUUUCAUCAAUAUUCUGAACGUGAAGUACUUGGCUUCCGUUUGAAUUCUAAUCUCUAAAGUGGGUUCUAACAAUCUUUACUGUGCUUAUAGUAUCGAAGGCUUUCACUUUUUAUUGGAACAGUCUUAACGAUUGUAGUCUAGUGUUGUCUCUGCUAAUAGAAAUUACAUGGCUGGAUUGAGUGCUCAUUUGAAAAUCACAGAGUCCUUCAACAGUUAAUGAGAGAUAUACCCUUGGACCUAAAUUGUACAAAGCACUGUUUUUCCUGCUGAUUUACCACUUAUGUUUUUUCUUUAGCAUGUUUUACAAUAAUUAUGCUACACUUUGUCAUGGUAUAUCAGAAGGUAGCUUGCCUGAGAAAUUUAUUUUUCUGGUACACACUUUCCUUCAAGGCAUAUGUGUAUACUGAAAAAAAUGUAUUUGCUUCACAGGAUAUUCCGUGGUAAUUUUCUUGAAAGUGUUCUAUGAUUAGUAUGUAUGUUAUUUUACCACAAUAGGCAGUAAUGUGGCAAUCUGACAGCCCAAUUUGCUGUUGUUGAUAAGAGUAGAGACAAUACACUGCUGGCAUCAAUGUGUCACACAAUACCUUUGUCACUGAAAGAGUCAUUUAAAUGAACAUCAAAAUUGUGGUAAAAAACAACUCAACAGACUUAGCGUGGUCUGUACUCUCAACAAAAAUGAUAUUUGUCAUCCAGUGGUCAAAAUUUUUUGUGGACUUACUCUGCUGCGCCUCGUAAGUCCACGACAUUUUGACCACUGUGAUGACACAUAUUAUUAUGGAUAAAACUACAGAUCACGCUAAACUACAUGUACUGUCCAGUUGUUGAUUUUACACUGCAUAUUACAUUAAUCAGAAUCUCUCUUUUUGCUAGAGGUGCAUCUUAAUGGGUAUCUUUUAAUUUUGAAGUUUCCAACAUUAACUUGUUGGCUUGAGAAUGUGCAGAUUCUUACAUUGCAUAUUUUGAUAUUAAAUGAUACUUCCUGUUUAUUUAUUUUUUUAUUCCACAUGGCAUAUUCAUUGUGUAUUUAACCCUUUAAUUCCCACAUCAAAUUUGUAGUUCUCCUUACUGCCAACAAUACAAAUCUUAUAAUGUUAGUUCAGAGAAUCUAGUAUUGAAUCAACUAAUUAUCCCCAAAUUGAUAUUUUUCUUUAUUCUCAUCACGUAUCAGGUUGAUAUUGUAUUGAUAUUGUAAGGAGAAAUUCUGUCUUGGUCACUCAUGGGAUUUAAAGGGUUAAUUUAACUAUUAUUUAUUCUAUAAUACCUUGCCUAGAAAAAAUUAACUCUUCUCUUAAAUUCGUAAGCUCUAAUUUGUACGUGGAACUGCUAAGGCAGAUUUAGCCUCUAGUUAUUUAUAUGCAAGAACUUUGAAAUCAUUGUAACUGGAAUGAAUAUUUCUUUUCAGAGAGGAUGGUGCUAUCAAAUUUUUAACAAAAGGUGACAAUAACUCAGUGGAUGAUCGAGGGCUCUAUGCUCCUGGACAAUUGUGGUUAGAGAAAAAAGAUGUUGUUGGGCGAGCAAGGGGGUAAGAUGCACAGUUGUAUUUGUUUUUCCUGUAUAUUAAAUCAGGGGUUAAAACUGUCAAUAUCAGAUUUUUUCUGGGAGCACUGUCCUGACAGACAAAUAUGAUGGAAAUAAUAUAAAUUUUAAAGGGAAAAUGCAGUGACAAGUACUAAAUACCUGUCCCAGAGAGGUGUUAAUUUUUUUUUUAGAAAGUAAAGGUGUGAAAAGAUAGCAGCUGAGUUUUAAAGCUUGAGGGGAUUAUGUUUUGUUUGUUUCUUUUUUCUUUUUUCACAUAUAGCACAGAAUCUAAGACUACUUAAUUCUAGUGUGCUUCACUUCUUUCAAACUGUCCCCUUGUUAAUCUCUAAUUGAGACAAAUGAUUGGUCUACUUACCUAUAAAGUUUCUUUCCUUUGAGGCCACUUAAUAUAUCAGUGAUUUACUUCACCAAACCAAAAAAGAAAAAACUUACAGAUUACCAUGACUUAUUCAUUUAGCUCUUAGUGAAAUGAAUUAACAUGUAAUAAACAUUUUUUUUGACAACACAUACACCAUGUCACUCUCUAGAUUUUGGUCAAAUGGGUGACCCCUAGUACAGGUGUAAUUUACACAUUCAGCUGGAAAUAGGAAGUGGUGUAACUUUUGUAAUAAUUAUUACAUUUUGAAUUUUAAGCCACUAGAGGGUUUCUUAUGUGUGUUUUUUGUUUUGUUUAUUUAAUUUUUUUGUUAUUUGAAAAGAGUACUUGAUUAAAGUUUACUAGUCUGAGUAUUUUUUUUUUCUUUUUCAGGUUUGUCCCUUAUGUUGGCAUGGUAACAAUUCUCAUGAAUGAUUAUCCAAAAUUUAAAGUAAGUCCUAGAUUAUUGCACAGUUUUACAAAGAAAUUUUUUUUAUUUUUCACUUUUAAGUGGUGACUUCAGAGGAGUUUUUCAGCCUCUGGGGACUUAGCUCUCAUUCGGAUUGAAAGAAAAUACAUCAUUUAGUUUUUUUUUUUUGUUAUCAUAGUUUGUUGUUGUAUUUUAUUUUGGUGGGCUAAUUCCAUCAUAUCUGUGAAAAUACUUCCACAUAGUGUUAUUGUUUUGGGAUUAAUUUUGGUUAUUAUGCACUGUAAGAAAUCCAUAACAAUUAUUUGAAUAGAUGAUUGAUGUGCUCUCCUCUUUUGUUUUUUAGUAUGCCAUUCUUGCUGGAUUAGGUGCAUUUGUUCUUUUACACAGAGAAUGA